GGUCUUGGGGAGGAGGGCGGUGGGCUCAGACCCCGCUGAGCCCUGGGACCAGGUGGGACCCCUGGGCCUGGAUCCGGUCCCCCCCCCCCCCCCCGGUGCCGGCCAUGGCUGCGCUGCUGCUGGCUGCCCUCCUCGCCCUCGUCUGGCCCCCACCGGUGCAGCCGGCUGGGGUGCUGGAGCUGCGGGUGCUGUCGGCACGGGGGGGCCCAGGGGGGCCGUGUGGGGGCCCACCUUCCUGUCGCCUUGUCUUCCGUCUCUGCCUGCAGCCCCCUGGGGCGGUUGGCUGCAGCCUGGGGGUCGUCCACAGCUCCCCUGGACCCCCCCCAGCCCCGGGGGCCCCCCGCAUCCUCCGCUUGCCUUUCACCUUCCCCUGGCCGGGCACCGUCUCCCUUGUCAUCGAGUCAUGGCGGCUGGAGGAGGCUAAAGGCUCUGGAGGUGAGUGGCAGAGACUUGGGGAGCCUGUGGGGUUUGGGGGGGGCAAAUGGGGGUCCCAGGGGGGCAAAUAG